AUUAGCGUUAUCGAUCACUUUUCGUGCAUGCCUGCAGACCAGGGCUGCAGACGUAUGUUUGUUCAGCACUAUACGGGCACACUGUUCACACAAAUUGCAUUUCGCAUUGUCCGUCGUCGUCGUUUUCACACGCUGCUCUUUUCUGGAAUCGGUAAAAGCUUCAGGUCCAGUCCCGGCACCAGAUCCAGAUCCCGAUCCAGAUCGAGAGUCGCCGCUCCUCACCGUCAUCAUAGUGCGAAGAAGAAGAAGCUGAAGCAGAAGCCGCCGCACACAUUCGAUUAAAGUAAAAAAAAAAAACAGCAAAAACAAGAAAUCCAAAGGCAAAAACGUGAGAUCCGAGCUCAUCCGGCGGAGGAGGAAGCCAAGAAGCUAUCAAAAUUAACGCGGACACAACUGCAGAGCGACGCCGACGCGAACGCCGCUUCUACUACAAAGCGAUGGCGACAAUGUUGACAUCGGACGAGGCGAGCAAGCUGCUCGACUUCUCCCAGAAGCUUGACAUCAAUCUGCUGGACAAGAUCGUCGAGGUUGUGUACACAGCGCAGGGCGAGCAGUUGCGUCUAGCUCAGAGCAUACUGACCACGCUGAAGGAGCAUCCAGAGGCAUGGACGCGGGUGGACAGCAUACUGGAGUACUCACAGAACCAGCGGACCAAGUUUUAUGCUCUGCAAAUCCUCGAGGAGGUCAUCAAAACGCGCUGGAAGGUCCUGCCGCGCAACCAGUGCGAGGGAAUCAAGAAGUAUGUGGUCAGUCUGAUCAUCAAGACCUCGUCGGAUCCCAAUGUUAUGGAGCAGAACAAAGUGUAUCUGAAUAAGCUGAACAUGAUUCUGGUACACAUUCUGAAGCGCGAAUGGCCACGCAACUGGGAGACAUUCAUCAGUGACAUUGUCGGUGCGUCGAAAACGAACGAGAGCCUGUGCAUGAACAACAUGGUGAUCCUGAAGAACCUUAGUGAGGAGGUGUUCGACUUUUCGCAGGGCCAGAUCACGCAGACUAAGGCCAAGCACCUGAAAGACACCAUGUGCUCGGAGUUCUCUCAGAUCUUUACACUAUGCUCCUUCGUGCUGGAGAACUCGAUGAAUGCCGCCCUAAUCCACGUCACGCUCGAGACUCUGCUGAGAUUCCUCAACUGGAUACCGCUGGGUUACAUCUUUGAAACGCAGCAAAUUGAAACGCUGAUAUUCAAAUUCCUUAGCGUGCCCAUGUUCCGCAAUGUGACCCUGAAGUGCCUGUCCGAGAUCGCCGGCCUGACUGCGGCAAACUACGACGAGAAUUUCGCGACGCUCUUCAAGGACACGAUGGUGCAGUUGGAACAGAUAGUCGGCCAGAAUAUGAACAUGAACCACGUGUUCAAGCAUGGUAGCGACACAGAGCAGGAGUUGGUCCUUAAUUUGGCCAUGUUCCUGUGCACCUUCCUCAAGGAGCACGGCAAACUGGUGGAGGAUGCCACGUAUGUGGACUACCUGAAUCAGGCGCUCAUGUAUCUGGUGAUGAUUAGCGAGGUGGAGGACGUGGAGGUAUUCAAGAUCUGUCUGGAAUACUGGAACAGCCUUGUGGAGGAUCUAUACAAUUCAGAGUUCUUCCACCCCACUCUGGAGUCUACGAAGAGGCAACAAGUGUAUCCCCGUCGACGUUUCUACGCCCCCAUCCUGUCCAAAGUGCGAUUCAUUAUGAUCUCGCGCAUGGCCAAGCCGGAGGAGGUGCUGGUGGUGGAGAACGAAAACGGGGAAGUGGUGCGCGAGUUCAUGAAGGACACAAACUCAAUAAACCUGUACAAGAACAUGCGCGAAACGCUGGUCUUUCUUACCCAUUUGGACUCUGUGGACACGGACCGCAUCAUGACGCUAAAGCUGCUUAAUCAAGUGAACGGGUCGGAAUUCUCUUGGAAGAACCUGAACACGUUGUGCUGGGCCAUUGGUUCCAUAUCCGGUGCUUUUUGUGAAGAGGACGAAAAACGGUUCCUGGUCACCGUGAUCAAGGAUCUGUUAGGCCUGUGCGAACAGAAGAAGGGCAAGGACAACAAGGCCAUUAUUGCCUCCAAUAUCAUGUAUGUGGUGGGACAGUAUCCGCGCUUCCUGCGCGCCCAUUGGAAGUUCCUCAAGACGGUGGUAAACAAACUCUUCGAAUUUAUGCACGAAACGCACGAUGGUGUCCAGGAUAUGGCAUGCGAUACGUUCAUCAAGAUAGCCAUCAAAUGCCGCCGCUACUUUGUCACCAUCCAGCCGAAUGAGGCCUGCACCUUUAUUGACGAGAUUCUCACAACAAUGAGCAGCAUCAUUUGUGAUCUGCAGCCGCAGCAGGUUCACACGUUUUAUGAAGCUGUCGGCUACAUGAUCUCCGCACAGGUGGAUCAGGUACAACAGGACGUCCUCAUCGAGAGGUACAUGCAACUGCCCAACCAGGUGUGGGAUGACAUCAUCUCCCGCGCCUCGAAAAACGUUGACUUCUUGAAGAACAUGACCGCUGUCAAGCAGCUGGGCAGCAUCCUUAAAACGAAUGUGGCUGCCUGCAAAGCCCUGGGGCACGCGUAUGUCAUUCAACUGGGCCGCAUAUAUCUGGACAUGCUGAAUGUGUACAAGAUAACAUCGGAGAAUAUCAUCCAGGCCAUCGAAGUGAAUGGCGUGAACGUGAACAAUCAGCCCCUGAUCAAAACCAUGCAUGUGGUCAAGAAGGAGACGCUUAACUUGAUAUCCGAGUGGGUGUCUCGUUCCAACGACAAUCAGUUGGUGAUGGACAAUUUCAUACCGCCUUUGCUGGACGCUAUACUGCUAGAUUAUCAGCGCUGCAAAGUUCCAUCGGCACGGGAGCCCAAGGUUUUAAGUGCGAUGGCAAUCAUUGUGCAUAAACUGCGUCAGCAUAUCACAAAUGAAGUACCAAAAAUCUUUGACGCCGUCUUCGAGUGCACGCUGGACAUGAUCAACAAGAACUUUGAGGAUUUCCCACAGCACAGACUUAGUUUCUACGAGCUACUGCAGGCGGUCAAUGCGCACUGCUUUAAGGCGUUCCUUAAUAUACCGCCGGCCCAGUUCAAACUGGUCUUCGAUUCGGUGGUGUGGGCAUUCAAGCACACCAUGCGGAAUGUGGCCGACAUGGGAUUGAAUAUCCUCUUUAAGAUGCUUCAAAACUUAGAUCAGCAUCCCGGUGCGGCGCAGAGCUUCUAUCAGACGUACUUUACAGAUAUUCUAAUGCAGAUAUUUUCGGUGGUCACUGACACCUCACAUACGGCCGGGCUGCCCAAUCAUGCCAUCAUUCUGGCGUACAUGUUCUCACUGGUGGAGAACAGGAAGAUUACGGUGAACCUGGGUCCGAUUCCGGAUAAUAUGAUAUUCAUACAGGAGUAUGUCGCCUCCCUGCUGAAAUCGGCAUUUACCCAUCUGUCCGAUAAUCAGGUCAAAGUCUUUGUCACUGGCCUAUUCAAUUUAGACGAGAAUGUGCAAGCAUUUAAGGAGCAUUUGAGAGAUUUUCUCAUACAGAUUCGCGAGGCCACCGGCGAGGACGAUUCCGAUCUGUACUUGGAAGAGCGUGAAGCGGCUCUGGCCGAGGAGCAGUCAAAUAAACAUCAGAUGCAGCGUAAUAUUCCAGGAAUGUUGAAUCCGCACGAGUUGCCCGAGGAUAUGCAGGACGAAUAGAUGUCGAUGUCGACGUCCCAGAGCUAGAAUGUUUUAGUUGAUGCUUGAGAAUGAUAAAAGGAUGGUGAUGUAUGAGUGUUUCUCGAGCGAGAAAGUAUAAAUGUUUGUUUGAUUGAAUGCAUAUAAGUACGUUAUAUAUAUAAAUACAUCCACACAAGACCCACAA